GUCUCUGUUUCUCUCUUCGGCUAUUUGCAUUUGCCAGAAAGCGAUAUUCCGCACAAACAACAAUAAUCAUCAACUCAGACUCAGGUUUAAAAUGGAAGAAGAAACUCAAACUGUAGAGGUCCCAGUGGUGGAAGUCAAGGAGAAACUUGCUAGUAUCACACACACAAAUCAGGAAAAUGGAAAUAAAGAGGAAAAAGAAAACACAUUGGAUGAUGGAGAAUUCAUCAAGAUCGACAAAGAAACGCUUGAAACGAAAGAAAGAUCUUCAGAUGAAGGCAAGCCGUCUAUUACUGAAUCUAGCCGAGAGCUUGUUGAAGCAAAGGAGAAGAUAAAAGAGCUUGAGGCCGAAUUAGAUAAGGUCGCUGCUGCAUUAAAAGAUUCGGAGUCACAGAAUGACAAGCUGAAAGAUCAGAUCAUUUUGACCGAGGAAAAGCUCCAAGGAAGUGGGAAGAAGUGUGAGGAACUCGAGCUUAACCAUACGAAAUUACAGGAAGAGUCGGUUGUUGCUGAAAGUAAGUACAACGAAAAGCUGAAAUAUUUGCAAGAUGCAUUGGAUGAUCAUGAAGAGAAACAUAAGGAGUUCUUGGGGAUCAAAGAAUCAUUCGAAAGUCUUAGUUUAGAGUCUGAAAAUUCGAAGAAGAAAAUACAGGAGUUGGAGCAAGAAUUACAGUCUCGUGCAGAAGAAUUGGAAGGCAUAAUGAAAUCUUCUCAGUUGAGAAUUGAAGAUGCGGAGAAGAAGGUUUGCGAGAUUGAAUCGCUUUUGGAAGAAAAGAAGCGGAAAGUUGAAGAACUUGAAGGGAACAUUAGUAUGCUCGAGUCGAAAUGUGUGGAUGCGGAAGCUGAAUCGAAGAAGUUUUCUGACAUGGUAUCUGAACUCACUGGUGAAAUUGAAAAGUUUCGAUCUUUGAUGUUGAAUCUCGAGACUGCAUUAAAGAGCGCAAGUGAAAAGGAGGCGGGGUUGAUGGAAUCGUUGAGUGUCAUGAAGGAGGAGAAGCGGUGCUCAGAAGAAGCGUUGGAGAGUACGACCAAAAAACUGCAGGAAACUGAAAGUUUGCUUGAAUCGUUGCGUGGUGAAUUGUGUGUUACGCAAGAGAAACUCGAAGGGAUUGAGAAUGAUCUUAAGAGUGCUGGCUUAAGGGAAAGUGAAGUUAUCGAGAAGCUGAAAAUUGCGGAGGAUCAGUUACAGGAGCAAGGGAGAGCGAUAGAAGAAGCUAUUGCGAGCAAAACACAUUUUGAGUCUUUGCACGAGAGUUCUACGCGGGAUUUUGAGUUGAAAAUGCAAGAGGCGAUGUUGAAUGUUGGUGAAAAGGAGACGGAAGCUAAAUCAUUGUCAGAGAAACUUAAAAUUCUUGAAGAUCAGUUACAGGAGCAAGGGAGAGCGAUAGAAGAAGCUAUUGCGAGCAAAACACAUUUUGAGUCUUUGCACGAGAGUUCUACGCGGGAUUUUGAGUUGAAAAUGCAAGAGGCGAUGUUGAAUGUUGGUGAAAAGGAGACGGAAGCUAAAUCAUUGUCAGAGAAACUUAAAAUUCUUGAAGAUCAGUUACAGGAGCAAGGGAGAGCGAUAGAAGAAGCUAUUGCGAGCAAAACACAUUUUGAGUCUUUGCACGAGAGUUCUACGCGGGAUUUUGAGUUGAAAAUGCAAGAGGCGAUGUUGAAUGUUGGUGAAAAGGAGACGGAAGCUAAAUCAUUGUCAGAGAAACUUAAAAUUCUUGAAGAUAAAGUGCAAAGUUACGAAGAACAGAUGGGUGAAGCAGCUGCGAAAGCUGAAUCUCUGACCGAAGAAUUGAAUCAGAGUGCUGCAAAGGGUGCUUCCUUAGAAAGCUCGAUUGAAGAACUCAAAAAAGUGAUCGAGGAAAAUGAAGGGAAAUUGGCACAAUCACUCUCCGAGAAUGAACUUUUGGUCGAAACAAACUCCCAACUUAAGAACAAGGUUGAUGAGCUUGAAGAAUCGUUGAAGGCUACUGACGCAGAAAAAGAAGCGACUUCUGUUCAACUUGCAUCUUAUAUGACUACCGUUGCUGAGUUGACAGAGAAACACGUUGCUGCAGAAAGUCGGUAUUUGCAGGCUGAGGAACAAUUGAAGGAAACUAAUGAACGGCUUAGCACCCUUGAAAGUCAAGUGAAAGCAUAUGAGGAGGCUUCUCGUGAAGCAUCUGAAAUAGCGGAAUCUAGAAAGGCGGAGAUAGAACAGUUAAAAGAGGUUGAAAUCAAGGAGCUCAAUGAAAAGCUUGUAGCACUUGAAGGCGAAGCAAAGAAGUACGCGGAAGAGGCCCAUGAAGCGGAACACAUAGCUGAAUUACGAAAAGUUGAAGCUUCGGAGAUGGUUGAAAAGUUGUCUCAGAAAGGGUGUGAAGUUGCAGAAUUGAGUGAGAAGCUUGCUUCCCUUGAAGGGCAAGUAAAGGUUCAUGAGGAAAACGCCCGUCAAGCAUUUGGGAUUGUUGAAUCUAGUAAAGCCAAAAUUGAAGAUCUAUCGGAAAAACUAGCUCAGAAGGAGGUCAAGGUGAAGGAACUGAGCGAAAAGCUUACUUCCCUUGAAGGGCACUUGACAAUACACCAGCAAGCGGCUCUUGAAGCGUCUGCAAUCGCUGAAUCAAGAAAAGUCGAAAUUGAACAGCUACAAGGUACAUUUGAGACGUUAUCUCAAAGGGAGUUAGAGAUCAAGGAGUUGAAUGAAAAGAUAAGUACGCUUGAAGAUCAGUUAACGAAAAAUCAGGAGGAUGCCCUUAAAGUGUCGGAGAUUGUUGAAACUCGACAAGCUGAAAUCCAAGACUUGUCGGAAAAAUUAGCGCACAAGGAGUCGGAAGUGAAGGAAUUGAAUGAAAAGCUUAUUUCAUUUGAAGGGCAAUUGACAGUACACCAGGAAGCUGCCCGCGAAGCGUCGGGGAUUGCUGAGGCAAGAAAAGUUGAAAUAGAACAGCUCCAAGUAACAGUCGAGAUAUUAGCUCAAAGGGAGUUGGAAAUCAAGGAACUGACCGAAAAGAUUAGUGCCCUUGAAACCCAGUUGAGUGAGGUAUCAGGGAUUUCUGAUUCUCGGAAACUUGAGUUCGAAGAUAUGUUAAUGAAGCUACAGGAUCAGGCUAAAAUGUUUGAUGAACUGCAGCUUAAGUUAGGCCAUGUUGAGACACGUAACGAGGCCUUAGCUGAGGCAAAUAUGAAACUCACUCAAGAUCUUGCUUUAGCCGAGAGCGAACAGAGUGAUCUUCAAGCUAAACUUUCACAUGCUAUUGAUGAGAAAAAUGAUCUGGCUGCAAAAUAUGGCUUAUCAAACAAUAUCAUUGAGGAUUUGACCCAGGAACUCAGUUCUGAAAAGCAAAAACAUCAGGCAGAGAUAUCUGUAGUUCAGGAGGAGAGCAGGAAGCUUCAUGAAGAGGAACUGAAAAAAUAUAGAGAACAGGAGGACGCUUUGAAGGUCGAAAUAAGCGAGAAAUCUGCCCUACAAUCACGUUUGAAGGAACUCGAAGAACAAUACCAGGCAACUGAGGCUCGAUUAAAAGAAGAGAAACUCCAAGAACAAAAUGUGUUAAGUGAAAAGAUUGUAAAGCUUGAACAAGAGCUGCAGCUUUCAGAGGCCACAGUUACUAAUCUGAAAGAGGAGACUUCUGCAAAGGUGACUGAACUAGAAGCUGCUAGGAGUAACUUAUCUGAAGACCUUGAUUCCAAAAGCAAAGAACUUGUGCUUUUAGGAAAGAAAGUUGAGGAACUUGAGCAAAAACUUUCAAAAGCAGAAUCCAAACAGAAGGCUGAUGAAAGCAAUAUUGGUACAUCUGAGGGUGAAACGGAGGUAAGGUCUCGAGACAUUGGAUCGACAAUUACUAGUCCAGUAAAGCGGAAGAGUAAGAAACUAGAAAAAUCGUCUGCACAAACAUCAUCAUCAUCGGCUCAAACCGCAACAAUUGAAGCCUCAUCAACCAUCAACUUCAAGUUUAUUAUGGGAGUAGCAUUGCUAUCUAUUCUCAUUGGUGUCAUCCUUGGAAAAAGAUACUAAGAUCCCAAUUCUUUUUGCAAUCUUACCUUUCCUCUUUGGUUGUUUCAUGAUUGAUUGAAUGCAUAUAUUUUGGUAUUAUGUCUUUAAAUUAUAACUAGCUUUGGUGGCAAUUAAGUUUUUAUUUUUGUGUCCACUAAAAAGCUUCUUUUUGAAUUAUGUAAUUAGCACUUAGUUAUUUGGUGAUCUACUUAUACUGAAAAUAUUUUUAUUUUUAUUUUUUUGGUUGUGAACUAAGAUUAUAUUUGCAUUUGUGAGAAUAAGUUUUGAGUUUGUUC